AUGCUCCAAAGGAAGGCCUUCUUGGCGGAAAAGGCAGAGAAGGCGGAGUCUAAGAGAAGGUCAAAAAUGGAGAUGAAGCCCCAACAGGCAGCCAGGAAGGAUAAAUCCUCAGACAAAAGAGUGCAAGCAAAAGGGAAAAAGGGAGCAAAGGCAAAAGAGGCUGAAGUAGCUCAUCACGAAACUAAAGGAGAUUUGCCUGCUGAAAAUGGAGAAAUGAAAGGCGAGGAGAUUCCAGCCUCUGAUGAAGCAGGAGUAAAAGAAGCCAAGUCUGAUUAA